UGCCUCUCCUGACAUUUCUGGUCCUGGCUUUGAUGGGAGUCUAUAUUGGAGAAAACCAUCAGGUUUUAUGUCUCACAGACAUUCCACUGACCAUGGCUCCAAAUUCAUAUGAUGACCAGUACAUCGGCUGCCCGUCUACGAUGGAGGAUAAACUGAUGGACCCAACUAAAAAUGAAUUUGCUCCAGGAAAAAAAUAUACUUACAUUUGGGAAAAUGCAGUCUCCUUUUGGAACCAAUUUAAAGGCUCUGUCCUGCUGCCCGAGAACUUCAAGAAGGUCUAUGGCGUGGCCCUCUUGGCUUAUACAGCCUGUAGCAAUUUGUACCCAGAUUUCAAUGCAGCUGUACGAACAGGUGGGAAGUCCACCACGUCUUAUGAAAAAGAUUUCCAUUUCAAGAGCUUUGACUUUCUCGUAACGAAGGCCAUUGAGGUCCUGAAGGCCUCCCAAACUGGUUGCUACGAUGUGUAUCGAGGCGUUUCAAACCUACGCUUCACUGUCCCUGAUCCCAAUAAGCCUGUCCGUUUUGGACACUUCACGUCCUCAUCACUGAGUAAAGAAGUUGCAGAGUACUUUGGGAUGGACACUUUCUUCACAAUCAAGACCUGUUAUGGAGCCAAAAUCAUCGACUUCUCCUACUUCCCCAGUGAAGAAGAGGUUUUGAUUCCACCUUACGAGAUGUUCAAGGUUGUGGGUGUCAAAGAGGUGGGGGGCAAAACCCAAAUCACGCUCCACAGUGAUUCCAAGAGCAGCAACUUCAACUGUGGAUCUAAGAGAGCCAACGCCAAGGCAUAUGUCCUCUCUGUGGAUAAUCGAGGUACUUCCUCCAAUGGGAUGUACGAUGGAUACUCAGGGAUGGAUGCUCGAGCCCUUGCUGCCUUGAAUCAGACGGACUAUGACUACCUGGUCGCCAAAUGCAAGCUUUCAGGUGCCGCUCCCAGUUCCUUGACCCCGGGCAUCCCGGCAUCUUUCCUUCUCUGGGGAUUCCUUCUCUUCUCUGGUUCCCUUCAGUCAAUGGGAAGCUGGUAAUAGACUCAACACGAAUUACAAAAUCAUAUAUAAAUUGUAUCAUAUUAUUUACACUUUAUGAAGUAUCACAAUAUCGAAACAACUGCCUUCCCCGUCCCCGCAAUGGACUUCAUUUCCAGGAAAUGACACAUUCCAAAAGGGGAUUUGUCAACGUUUUCCACCAAAAUUACACCUGAGGGGAACUGAAGAGGAAAUGCAUGCCCACUAUGUAAUGCUUUGCAAAGACACUGUGCUAUAUGUGUGUUAACUGGAAAAUGAAGUGCAUGAAGCUGAUUGGCUGAGCCUGUAAAGACCUGGGAAUUGAUUUGAUAUUGUUUCUGUUCUGCUGCUGUAGAACCAGUUUGAACAAGUUUUUUUUUCAGUGCUGACUGAGCACUGCUGGAGAAAAGAGCUGUGUACACAAAGAGGCCUUGCUAUUUUCGAGGCCUGUUUGCUGCUGAAAAGAGAGGGUGAAGAACCAGGACUGUAUCCUUCUCUGAAGUAGAUCUGUGGACUGAGAAAGGACUGUUUAUGACUGUUUCUGUUCUGCUGCUGUAGAACUAGAUUGAACAAGUUUUUUUUUCAGUGCUGACUGAGCACUGCUGGAGAAAGAGCUGUGUACACAAAGAGGCCUUGCUAUUUUCGAGGCCUGUUUGCUGCUGAAAAGAGAGGGUGAAGAACCAGGACUGUAUCCUUCUCUGAAGUAGAUCUGUGGACUGAGAAAGGACUGUUUAUGACUGUUUCUGUUCUGCUGCUGUAGAACUAGAUUGAACAAGUUUUUUUUUCAGUGCUGACUGAGCACUGCUGGAGAAAAGAGCUGUGUACACAAAGAGGCCUUGCUAUUUUCGAGGCCUGUUUGCUGCUGAGAAGAGAGGGAGAAGAACCAGGACAGUAUCCUUCCGAAGCAUAUCUGUGGACUGAGAAAGGACUGUUUAUGACCGAGGAUUUCUGUAAGCAAUCAGAGGGACCAUUGCGAAUACCACUGUUCUUUUGAUCUCUUGGAAUUAGUAAAGUUCCUGCAUUUCAUUCUUUGUUCUGCAAACCUGAAUGGUACGUCAUUGUUCUGCAGGUGACUAUGGGUCGCGGGCACACGUAAGAGCUUCCAUUUAUCAUCAACAAUCCACAAUACACUAACCCCAGACCUCUACAAAUCCCUAUACAAAAGGGGUUUCACUAUGUGCCUCAGAACUAUAUAUCUAUUGUCUUAAAAAUCAUCUAUGUGCCUUCCCAGAUUAAUAGGAAAUCUCCAACACCAAGUCCCAUAAGCACUUUAUUAGAAUUAAGAUCGCAUAUCGCACUCUGCACUUGCCCUAGAAGCCUUAUAUAUCACCUGUCACAUCAGCACUUUUAAUCGUGUACCCAUUACUCUGGCCCGGCCCAGUUUUAUUGUGUUUUAGCGUAUUGUUUAUUGCUUGUUGUUUAUACUGUUUUAAUUCUUUUAAUUUGCCUUUGUUUGUAUUGUUAUAUUGUGUGUUGAGGCCUUGGCCUUUGUAAGCCCCAUUGAGUCCUUCGGGAGAUGCUAGCGGGGUACAAAUAAAGUUUAAUAAUAAUAA